CAUUCCUUGGUUAGUGCCUAUAUUUAUUCCAACCAAACCCCUCCUUCACAUUUUUCUCUCACAUCUCCAAUUUCUUUGGCACCCUUUUAACCAUGAAUUGGUUAUUGCCUUCUUUAGUUCUUGUUUUGCUGAUUUUUCAACAACCCUUUUGCACUUGUUCAUCAAUUUCUGAUCUUUUUGAAACUUGGUGUCAGCAAAAUGGAAAAAAAUAUUCUUCAGAACAAGAAAGGGUGUAUAGAUUCAAAGUGUUUGAAGAAAACUAUGCUUAUAUUACAGAGCAUAAUAGCAAAGGGAAUUCCAGUUAUACCCUUGGUCUCAAUGCCUAUUCUGAUCUUACUCACCAUGAAUUUAGGAAUUCUUUCUUGGGUCUUUCCUCUUCUGCUAAUGAUUUCAUUAGGUUGAAAGGUAGAGGGUCAGGUUCUUCUGAAACUGGAGUUUUGAGUGAUGUUGAUGCUCCUUCUUCUUUGGAUUGGAGAGAGAAAGGAGCUGUUACUAAUGUCAAAAAUCAAGGAAGUUGCGGUGCUUGCUGGUCAUUCUCGGCCACUGGUGCAAUGGAAGGUAUCAAUAAGAUUACCACUGGAUCUCUCGUUAGCCUCUCUGAGCAGGAGUUAAUUGAUUGCGACAGAAGUUACAAUGAAGGUUGUGGAGGUGGAUUGAUGGACUAUGCUUUUGAAUUUGUCAUAAAGAAUGGUGGUAUUGACACUGAAAAGGAUUAUCCUUUUAGAGAAAGGGAAGGAACAUGCAACAAAAACAAGCUACAAAGGCAUGUUGUAACCAUUGAUGGAUAUACUGAUAUCCCUAAAAAUGAUGAGGACAAGCUUCUAAAGGCAGUGGCAACUCAACCUGUGAGUGUUGGGAUAUGCGGCAGUGCGAGAGCAUUUCAAUCAUAUUCAAAGGGGAUAUUCACUGGCCCGUGUUCUACAGCACUAGAUCAUGCGGUACUGAUUGUGGGCUAUGGUUCCGAAAAUGGAGUUGACUACUGGAUUAUAAAGAACUCAUGGGGAACAAGCUGGGGAAUAAAUGGUUAUAUCCACAUGCAGCGUAAUAGUGGGAAUCAAGAAGGGAUCUGUGGGAUCAAUAAGUUAGCUUCAUAUCCAACCAAGACUAGCCCAAAUCCACCAACUCCUCCAGCUCCUGGUCCAUCCAAAUGCAGUAUGUUCACCUCAUGUGGUCAAGGCGAAACCUGUUGCUGUGGUGUGAAACUUCUUGGAAUAUGCCUUUCUUGGAAAUGUUGUGGGUUGGAUUCAGCAGUGUGUUGUAAAGAUGGACGCCACUGUUGCCCACAGGAUUAUCCAAUUUGUGACACAAGUCGGAACCUAUGCCUCAAGCGAAUGAACAACGCUACUAUAGUGCAACAGCCUCAGAAGGAAGCAUUUACUGGGAAAUUCGGAGGUCUUAUUUACCCUUUUUAGGCGUAGGAGCCUGGCGCAACAUCAUUAUCAUAUUCACGGUGUUACGAAUUUACUUUGUGGGGUACAUAGUUACCCCUUAGUAAUUCCACAUAUAUUAUUGUUGCUAGAUAUCAUUUUGUAUAUGUAGAACUGGUAUAGUCGCUGUUGGUCAGACGAUGAUCAUCUUGUACCACAUUAUUAGCUUGUAUUUUAGUAGUAUUUCAGACUUUACAGUUUUUA